GUCGCCAUUCGACUGUUUUCAAAAAACAAAUCGGCAAAAUUAAAAAUAAUAAUUUUCGGUCUAAUUUGGUCCCGUAAUAAUAUCAUUUCGACAGACCCUGAUAUCUAAGGCUUUGAUCGCAUUUAAAAAAGCGAGCCCGUCCUCAUUCCAGAGGGGUGAAAUCGAGGUCGGAGCGGCAUCGCCCUAGGGUGGAUUCUGGGCAGUGUGUACAUUUGCACUCCGCCUCGCCUGACUGUCGCCAUCCAGGUCGCCAACUCUCGCACAGGGAAAGUGGCGAUCACAAUUCGUCCCCUUUUUCGGCCGCACCAACCCCGGAGUCGCGACGCAGACUUGACUGUCCGGCGUGUGAAAGCUAAAUUUGACAAUCAUCACAAUUCAUCAUGGAAGAAGAGGCGGAAUCAAGCUCCGGGACGAUGUCCACCCUGAAUUCGCUUUUCUCCUUCACAAGUCCGGCGGUGAAGAAGCUUUUGGGCUGGAAACAAGGAGACGAAGAGGAAAAGUGGGCAGAGAAAGCUGUUGACUCCCUGGUGAAAAAGUUGAAGAAGAAAAAAGGCGCCAUCGAAGACCUGGAAAAGGCCCUCAGCAUGCCCGGACAGCCUAGCAAGUGCGUAACCAUCCCGCGCAGCUUGGACGGUCGCUUACAGGUUUCGCACCGCAAGGGUCUGCCUCAUGUUAUCUACUGCAGAGUUUGGCGUUGGCCAGACCUUCAAAGCCACCACGAACUAAAGCCCCUGGAGCAAUGCCAGUUUCCUUUCUCAGCAAAGCAGAAGGAAGUGUGUAUCAACCCGUACCAUUACAAGAGGGUAGAAAGCCCAGUGCUGCCUCCUGUUUUGGUGCCGCGUCACAGUGAAUACGCUCCAGGCCAUUCCUUGCUCCCCUUCCAGCAGAUUUCCGAGCCAGCCAUGCCGCACAAUGUCUCGUACUCUGCCACCGGAUUCAACAACUCGCACUCGCAUCUCAGUCCACAAAGUAGUGGCGGUCCCAACUCGCCCCUCAGCAACGUCAACAGCCCGGCCAGCCAGACAGGCCCUCAGAGUCCAUUUGGUUCUAACGGUCUGCCUGGUACGUCUCCACUUUCACCACUAAGUCCAGGCGUCGAAGACAGUCAUCAGUCAGGCCAGUCACCUUCACCUGACGCCAACGCCAUGGACACCACUAACAUAAACGAGGUCUCCCCGGUUGCUUACCAGGAGCCUCCAUACUGGGCCAGUAUAGCAUACUACGAACUUAACUGCCGUGUCGGCGAAGUUUUCCAUUGCACAUCCCACUCCGUCAUUGUCGACGGCUUCACUAACCCAAGCAACAAUUCAGACAGAUUCUGUUUAGGCCAGCUGUCCAAUGUUAACAGAAACUCUACUAUAGAGAACACGCGCAGACACAUUGGAAAAGGUGUUCAUCUCUACUACGUUGGAGGCGAGGUCUACGCAGAGUGCCUGUCAGACAGUGCCAUUUUUGUUCAGUCGCGCAACUGCAACCACCAUCAUCAAUUUCACCCCAGCACUGUCUGCAAAAUUCCGCCAGGCUGCUCUCUGAAGAUUUUCAACAACCAGGAAUUUGCUCAGCUUCUCUCAACUAGUGUCAACCACGGCUUCGAAGCUGUCUACGAACUAACUAAAAUGUGUACAAUUAGAAUGUCAUUUGUGAAAGGCUGGGGUGCCGAGUACCACCGCCAAGACGUGACGAGCACUCCUUGCUGGAUCGAAAUUCAUCUCCACGGGCCACUGCAGUGGCUGGACAAAGUCCUGACGCAAAUGGGCUCUCCUCACAACCCCAUCUCAUCAGUCUCGUGAGUGCUUCAUCGAGUGGGCGCAGUUCAUUUAAAUUUAUUCACUCGUUCAGCUCUAUUUGGUUAAUUCUUCCAUGGCAGUUUCUCUCUAGUUUUUCUCCAAUAAUGCUCCCUGAUUAUCAGUUUUUUUACCGCAACUUUUCCUCCUUUCAAAAGGGACAAUGCUGGGUUGGGAAACAGACGAAGUGUGGCGUAGCAGCCACAAAAAUAAUGCCUUUAAGACGCUUUCAUUUAAGCUGCAUUGAUGCUUCGUGUGAAAUGACAAAGAAUAUUUAUUGCACAAAAAAGUUCUUAUCAUUCUGGAUGAUAAACUUACUAUUUUAAGAAUGGAACUGUCGAUUGACAAAAACAUAAUAUUUUCUAACAAACUCGAACAAAAUGGAAAAAUUGUUCUGCCGAAUGUGUCAAUUUGGUUGCUUAAAAAAUCAUUACUGCUGCAUUUAGGAUCUCAAAAAUAUUUUAAAUCACCGAAGAGGGUAGUUUGUAAGAAAUAUAUAUAUAACGAAAUGUCGAGAUACUUGUCGGAGACGCAUAAUAAGCCGACACGCAUGAUUCUAAGGAUAAAGAAGUGUAUUUGUGUAUAGCAAUUGUGCAUUUUAUACUGUUCACUUGUUCAGUGACUUUUUUAAUUACAAAAGAUUUAUGAUGUUUUGGAAAGAAAGAUACAUGUUAAUGUUUACAACUGUCCUGUAGUGCGUAAAUGUAAGUUUAGGAAGCUAAUCAGAUAAUAAUAUUCCAUCUUGCCGGCCGGCUUCUGCUGUACUAAUUGCUUCUUUGGUGUCAAGCAACAAUUUGUUCAAUUCUGUCUGUGAACUCAGUUGCCAUACUUAUUCGAACUACUUACUUGGUGAUAUUAUUUUCCUCCCAUUUCGAACAACUACUGUCACAGUGGAACUCUGGCUUUGCUUGCUUGCAUAAUUUGGCCUAAAGUGCUUGACGAUUUUGUGCCAUUAGAUUUGAAGUCGCGGCUGCCGAGGCAGGUAGAAACUUACACUCACCUCAAGUGCAAAAUUAACUCAAAUUCCCGCCAACUGUGUGUCUUAUAGCACUGCAAAAUUAUUUACUACAGAGGAAAAAUUUUACGAGAAGGACCUUUUAGGGUUCUGGACAUGCAUGUGAUCUAAACAGAUGCCAUUUAUUGCAAAUUUUGGAAAGAGUUUACGAAAUCAAAAUUACCUUUAUAAUUUGGUGAACAGACGGACACAAUUCAAACUUUUGACAUUGAAGUGACUGAAAAUAGCCAUUGUAAAUAAUAUGAUUUAACGAGAAGCGUCAAAAGUGAUCAACUGAGUUUUUGUUUUUGAGAAGGGCCAAAAUGUUAUAUAUACGUUGUAAAUUUGUGAAGAGUGUUUUUCCACAUGAAGUGCAAUCUGUAAUUGUUGAUCGUUUUAGUUUUCAACUCUAGGCUACUCUGGAAGAAAUGAUCUGAUAAAUCUUGAGCUUUGGCGGCCAGAUGAAACCAAAAUUCUAUGCUGGCUCAGGAUUGCCUAAUUGUAGAAAAAUUCGCAUGCUAGACCUUAGUUGUGACAAUAUUGUUAUUUAAAAUUUAUUUCAUUAGGAAACGCAAAGUCAGUAGCACGUGUACGAUAAUAUAAAUAUAUUAUACAACUUAAGAUUAGCUGCCUUAAAUUUUAAGUCCUCGUUGCUACGGAUAAUAUGCAUGUGCAAUUAAGUAAUUUUAAUUAUCUUGAAACACGCACGCACAUGCACUGCUAUUGUACUAACUGCUUAAGAAAAAGAGAAACAAUCCAAAAUUGCUAAUUUCAAGGCUGGAAAAAUUCAAAACAGGCUGCGUACGUGUUUUCGGCAAGACAAUGUGUUUUAGAUAAUAAACAAAACGCAGAUAAUAAUUAACUAUAAAAUAAAUAAAUCUUACUUAUAUUAUAUAAAUUUUAAUAUUUUUAUGCAUGUUAAUUUAUACACAAUGAAACAUAAACACAGAGCAGCUCUGUUUCCGUUGGGCUGCUAUUUUUCUUCAUUCAUCUCCGCACAAAAUUAUGAUACAUACUCAAAUCACCGGCAAGCUCUGUUAAAUGGACAAGAAAAGUGAAAAGGACACAACGCAAUCGUCGUCUCUCGGACUCGUGUUUCUGUUUUGGCUACGCGUGUUUAUAAUCCACAUUUGAAUUAUACAUUAUUAAUACAUGAGACUGUGUACCAGUUUACAUUGACUGUG